AUGUUGAAGUUAUCUUCCCCAGUUGGUCCUGUUCGGUUGCCUUCCUACAACUUCAUUCGACACUCUCUUCCAAAUAAGCAUGAAAGGCGUUCAAGAUCUCACGGUGGUAUCGGGCUCUACAUUAGGAAGGGAAUAAAAGCUACACCUGUUCUAAAAUCCACGUUCAAUCCCUCAACCCCCACCAAUCAACGGGUUGAAUAUCUAGCGGUACAAGCCAGAAUCAAUUCGCUUAGCAUAUGUGUUGCAGUAAUCUACAACCCGUGUGGAACAAAUCCACUAUUCCCGCAACUAUACGAAAAUCUUAUCGACGAGCUCUCAGCUUUCAAUUUCGAUAGGUUGUAUCUAAUGGGUGACUUUAAUAUCAACGUGGCAGCUGAGCAACCUUCGAGUAGUCUCGUUGCACUCAAUCGUAUCCAUACAGCCUUCAACCUCUCUAUUCUACCGACUGCUCCUACCAGAAUCACUGAACACAGCUCUACGACAAUAGAUUUGCUCGUGACGGACGCACCCCAAUCCAUAAAAAAAGCGAAAACAUCUUCAGCCAACACGUUAUCAGACCACGAGAUCGUAUUUCUUAUUGCCGAUCUGCGUAUACCCGAACCACCACCUCAGCUCAUUACGGUUAGAAAUCUACGUUCUAUCGAUCAAGCUGUACUCCAUGUUGACUUCCAAAACCGUGACUUCUCACAGUUUUACAAUACGCCCAACGUCGACACGAAAACGCAACUGCUUACGGCCGAAUUAAAAUCUCUUCUUGACACCCACGCACCAGAACGCACUACUAUCGUUCGAGAUAGAAAGACACCAUGGAUCACAUUUGAGAUCAAGCGAGCAAUUGCGGUCAGGGACCUCGCAUAUUCCCUCUAUGUAAGGAAUCCAAACAGAUUUAAAGGAGACGCACAGUGGGUGGAAUAUAUAAGAGAACGUAGCAGAGUCAACUCCUUAAUCUCAAAUGCUAAGAAAAGAUAUGCAGAGCGCUGCUUUUCGAAUGAUAUCUCUCCCAAACAACUUUGGAGUAAUUUAAGAAGAGAAGGAGUUCACAACAACUCCAAAAGAUCCUCACCUGAUGAAGGAUUCGACAUAGAUCUGCUUAACGCGUUCUUCUCUGACGGCCAUCAAACGAACCGGCCUGGCCCAACGCCAGCUCCUGAUGUAAUCACCGAACCGACGAGAACUACAAGGCGCUUCUCUUUCCACCAGAUAACGACAAACGAAGUUUCCAAUAAAUUAUUCGAAAUUCAGUCCAACGCAAUAGGCUGCGAUAAUAUUCCGGUAUCCUUUCUGAAGCUCUUGUGCCCAUUCAUCCUUCCAGUCAUGAAGCACCUGUUCAAUACCAUUAUCUCAUCGAACCAUUUUCCAUCGUGUUGGAAAAAGGCCAUCGUCACACCAAUACCUAAAGUAACGAGCCCUACUUCAGCUAAGGAUUUUAGGCCAAUAAGUGUGCUUCCAGCUAUAUCCAAGGUGUUAGAGAAGAUUCUGCUAUCCCAAAUCACAUUACACCUCAAUGAAAGCGAUCCACCACUUCUAGCAAUGAACCAAUCCGGCUACCGCAAGGGAUACUCUACAACAACUGCGCUCACCAAAGUGGUCCACGACAUUGUCACCAACUUUGAUAAUGACUACUGUACUGUCAUGGUUUUGGUUGACUUCUCACUAGCGUUCAAUUCUGUUAAACACAACAUCCUAAACAGAAAACUAAAAAAUGAGUUUGGAUUCACAUCUCCUGCUUGCGAGAUGAUAUCAUCAUUUCUGAGCCAACGCUGCCAAACAGUCCGAUGCUUCAAUCAAGAAUCUUCCGUAAGAAUCUUAAAAGAUGGAACUCCCCAAGGCUCCUGCUUGAGUGCCUUGUUAUUUAGCCUCUAUAUAAAUGACCUACCAUCCGCGCUAGAGUGUAAUUACCAGCUUUACGCUGACGACCUGCAAGUCUACGUCAGUGGUCCUAAAUCUAACAUCGACUCUCUAGUCAGACAGAUCAAUAACGACCUUACCGCUAUCGAAGAAUGGAGCUAUCACAAUCAUUUGUCACCCAACCCAAACAAAACACAAGCGAUUGUGUUUUCAAAGAGUGGCACAUUGAUUCCACGCGAUAGAAUUACCUUCUGCAAUCAAACAUUGCCAAUUCAAGAAAAAGUUAAAAACCUCGGCCUCAUAAUGGAUAGCCAUCUUACAUGGAAAAACCAAACCAACGAUAUUGUCUCCAAAGUAUACUUUACAUUGAAAACGUUCCGUCGAUUCCAAUCAGUACUUUCAACUCCGAUUCGGCUGAAGCUAGUCCAGGCAGUAAUUAUUCCAAUUUUUUUGUACGGAGAUGUCAUCUACUUCCCUGGUCUAUCGGCAGCACUCAAAGACCAACUGCUGCGCUGCUUUAAAUCUGCCUCCAGGUUCAUCUAUAAUCUUAAAAGAAGGGAAAGUACCAGCGCGGUGAGAAAAAGCAUCUUAGGUCGAGAUCUUUUAGACAACUAUCAUCUUCGCAUUGGGUGCUUUAUGCGACAAGGAUUCUGCAACCAACUUCCUGACUAUCUCACUGAACAUCUUCAACAUGCCAGAAACAGCAGAACUAAAUGUUUUAUCCUGCCACACCAUACAACCAGCUGUAAGAAGAGUAUUCUUCUGUACGGUGCCUCCUACUGGAACAGUCUGCCAAUUUCCGUGAAAGAGUCAAGUAACCCACGUAGUUUUAAGGAAGCACUGAAUAGUGUACUCUAG